AUGUUUUCAGUCAAUCGUUUAUUUCAGUUCUGGGGUUUAUUCCAACUCGCAGCAUUUGCAGUUGCUAGUGAUGGUUUUGUUAAAGUUGAUUUCGACGUGUAUCAAGGGUUAAACUUAUCUGCUGCUUUAUCAGGCUACUCACACAUCUCUAGAAGAGAUGGUGAUGGUUCAUUCGAUGUUUCAUUAGUUAAUGAAAAACAAUUUUAUGUUUCAAAAUUGCAAAUAGGAACUCCUGAAAGUGAAGUCAGUGUAUUGUUAGAUACGGGAUCGUCAGAUUUAUGGGUGAUGUCAACGAAAAACCCUCAAUGUAAGGACAACGGUGGUUCCAUUGAUUGUGAACAGUACGGCACGUACAACGAAACUGCUUCAUCUACUUUCCACGACAACAAGACAGACUUUUCUAUCCAGUACGUUGAUCAGACAUAUGCCAAAGGUACAUGGGGUACUGAUACCAUUUCUUUGACUGAAGGUUUGAAGUUAGAAAACGCAAGUUUUGCUGUCGCAGACGACUCUGACUCUAAUGUUGGUGUUUUCGGUAUUGGCUUCAAGGGCUUAGAAAGUAACCCAGAGCAAUACUCCAACUUACCUAUUACCAUGAAAGAACAAGGUUUUAUCAAGAAACUUGCUUAUUCUUUAUACUUAACUUCAGCUGAAUCUGAAUCUGGUUCAAUUUUGUUUGGUGCUAUUGACCAUGCCAAGUACGAAGGUGAAUUAGCUACUAUAGAUAUCAGCAAGCUUAAUGGUGAUUAUGCAUACUUACAGAUUCCAUUAACCUCUGUCUCAGUAGAGGUUAACUCGAAUGCUGAUAACCAACCAUCUGAUAGUUCAGUUCCAUCAACUGGUUCGAGCGUUAGAUCCUUCAACAAUUCGAGCCCUCAAUCUAUUAGUGCUAACAACUCACAGGCCUUAUUAGAUUCUGGAACCACUUUGACAUACUUGCAGGAUUCAUUAAUUCAACAAGUUCUUGAACAAGCUGACAAGAAUGCUUCUUACAGUCCACUGGCCGGUGCCUAUACCGUUUCAUGUAGUUUGAGACUGCCAGGUAACAGCAUGACUUUCAGAUUCAAUGACGAAAAGGAUAUCAAGGUUCCAUUAUCAGAUCUUGUCUUACAAACAGGUCAAGAUCCUAACACCGGUAAGGCUAUUUGCAUAUUUGGAGCUUUACCAAGUAACGAUAUCAUUCUUGGUGACAACUUUUUGAGAUCAUCCUACUCAGUUUUCAAUUUAGAUGACAAGACAAUCUCUAUUGCUCAACUCAAGCAAACCAAUGAUGAGGACAUUGAAGUGAUCAACUGA